GUUAUUUAUAGCAAUGCUUCUAGACAAGGAUUGGGUUGUGUUUUGAUGCAGCAUGGCAAAGUAAUUGCAUACGCCUCUAGACAACUGAAACCUCAUGAACAUAAUUAUCCCACCCAUGAUCUGGAAUUGGCUACUAUUGUUUUUGCAUUAAAAUUGUGGAGGCAUUAUUUGUAUGGGGUAACAUGUGAAGUCUACACCGACCAUUAGAGUUUGAAAUAUCUGUUCACGCAGCGGGAGUUGAACUUGAGACAACGUAGAUGGAUGGAGUUAGUGAAAGACUAUGAUUGCACAAUUCAAUAUCAUCCGGGUAAAGCCAAUGUAGUAGCUGAUGCUUUGAGUAGGAAAUCUGCGGGCAAUUUGGCUUCUUUGCGCGGCAUACAAGAGAAUUUACUUGCUGGUCUACGUUCCUUGCGGGUAAAACUUUCCAUUAAUGGAGCGGCUCUACUAGCUAGCCUUACUCUUAAACCCCUUUUGGUCGAUCGUAUUCGAGAAAUGCAACAAUCAGAUGAGAAUUUGGAAGGGAUUAAGAAAAAGGUUAGAAAAGGAAAACAGAAGGACUUUGCAGUGAGAGAUGAAAAUGUUUUGUAUUUUGGGAACCGGUUAUGUGUACCUAAUGAUCUGUCUUUGAAAAGAGAAAUUCUUGAGGAGGCUCAUAGUAGCACAUAUGGGAUGCAUCCUGACGGUACCAAAAUGUAUCGUGACCUUUGAGAGAAUUACUGGUGGGCUGGUA